CCUGAUUUGGAUCAGUUCUUUAUGACCGGUUCAGGCACAUGAUCUAAUUUUUGCAGUUAGUGCUAUUUAAUAUGUGCAGGUGGGAGUUCAAAAACUCUGGUGAUUGUGAAUGUGUGUCCAAGUGUUUCAAUUUUAUCUGAGACAUUGUCAUCUCUCAAUUUCUCUGCCAGAGCUCGAAAUUCUAUGUUAAGCCUGGGAAAUCGAGACACAAUUAAAAAGUGGAGAGAUGUUGCAAAUGAUGCACGAAAGGAGCUCUAUGAGAAAGAAAAAGAAAUCAAUGAUCUGAAGCAAGAGGGUUUGGAGCUCAAGCAGGCACUUAAGGAUGUAAAUGAUCAGUGUGUUUUACUCUUUAAUGAAGUGCAUAAGGCAUGGAAAGUUUCUUCCGCAUUGCAGACUGAUUUAAAGUUGGAACAUGUUUUGCUGUCAGACAAACAAAAUAUAGAGAAAGAACAAAAUACUCAGCUUAGAAAUCAAGUUGCUCAACUUCUACAUUUAGAGCAAGAUCAGAAAUUGCGGAUUCAAGAGCAAGAUUCAACCAUCCAAAGUUUGCAGGCUAAAAUUAGGACCCUCGAAACUCAACUCAAUGAAACUAUUAAAGCUCAAUCUAGUUCAAUAUCUGUAUCAGAGCCAGAGUCUGCUGAUCUAUCCAAUUCAAAAUUUACUGGAGAUGGCAUAGAUUCUUCUGCAGUAACCAGAAAACUAGAAGAGGAACUCAAGAAACGUGAUGCACUAAUUGAGAGGUUGCAUGAAGAAAAUGAGAAAUUGUUUGAUAGAUUAACGCAGAAAGCAUCUACGGCUGGAUCACCCAAGGUAGGGAAGUUUCACAACUCUCUAGAAUAACUGUAUACUAUCACUAUC